UGUUUCACUUGAACAGCACAACUCUGCUCCCGGCACAUUUUAAAAUACUACUCAUCAGGAUGAAGAGGAUGAUUAUUCUCUGCAUGCUUUUCUUCUGCUCCACCAUGGUGCUGACGGCAACUUCACCCAGAACAGUAAAAUAUAGACAGAUUCACCAGAAAAUUAAACAGUUAGAAACUAUGGUGAAAGAUAAGGAUGCUGAAUUGCUGCAUACACCAGAAAACCCUAUGGAGGGAUGUCUGUACACAGCUGUGACCUGCUUCAAGAAAGGCAUCAAGAAAUUACAACCAGCAAACAGCCAAGAAAAUGCUCAGUUUAACAAAACCAUCAGAAUCGUGAGCAAAUUGACCUACAGAGACCCUGGAGAGCAGUGUGAGUCUACAUGUGAAUCUUAUGAGAAGAAAACCCCCAAAGAAUUUUUGAAGAGCUUUGCAAAUCUAAUGCAAAUGCUAUUCAAGAACUAA